AUAAGAUCAUCUUCAACUAACCUACAACCAAUAAAGAAUUGUCGCGAAAUAACCUUGAUUUUGGCCUCGCAUAUAUCGUUGACAGUAUGCACUUUAGUUUCCUUGUUGGGAUAAAGGAGAUACAGGAAGAACUGAAAUCCAUUGAAGGCCUUCAUCCCGCUUCUCGAUCCUGUAAAGAGGUGACAGAAUUUGUAUCGGAACAUUCAGAUCCUCUUAUACCGACAAUAAAGAAGACUCGUAGAUCCUGUUGCUUCUGGAAAUGGCUCUGUGGCUCUUCAUGUUUCAAUCUCUCGUGGAUUUGUUGCUGGUGCCGAUGUCCUAGUAUGAAGAUGCCUAACUGCUGCUGUAACUGCAAUUUAUGUAACUGCUGCCCAUAUAUCAGUUGCUCAAUACCUAAGUGUCAAUGUUUCUCCUGUCCACGGUCUAAAUGCUGCCGCAGGCCUGUCUGCAAAUGGAGUUGUUGUAGCUUAAAAUGUCCUUCUUGCUUUAGCUGCUCCUCUUGCAGUAGCCCAUGUACAUGUACAUGUUCAUGUUCUUAUCCUAGAUGUCCAAAGUUAAAUUGUAGUUCCUGUUGUAAAAAGUGCUGCUGCCUCUGCCCUUGCUACUUAUGUUAGUAGUCAUCAUAAUA